AAUGUAGUGGUGCUGGACAACCCGUCUCCUUUCUACAACCCGUUCCAGUUCGAAAUCACGUUCGAGUGCAUAGAGGAUUUGUCGGAAGGAUUGACUCUCUUAAGUGAGAAAUUUUUCAGGAGCAGCAGGGGAUGGAGAGGAUUAGGUUCCCCAGGAAACUUAAGAAUCCUUUUUGGAUCUUCUGCUAUGACUUGGAAUGGAAAAUUAUCUAUGUGGGUUCAGCAGAAAGUGAAGAAUACGACCAAGUUUUAGACUCUGUUUUAGUGGGCCCUGUUCCUGCAGGAAGGCAUAUGUUUGUAUUUCAGGCCGAUGCACCAAAUCCAGGACUUAUUCCAGAUGCAGAUGCAGUAGGUGUAACAGUUGUGCUAAUUACAUGUACCUAUCGAGGUCAAGAAUUUAUUAGAGUUGGCUACUAUGUAAAUAAUGAAUAUACGGAGACAGAAUUAAGGGAAAAUCCACCAGUAAAACCAGACUUUUCUAAGCUUCAAAGGAAUAUUUUGGCAUCUAAUCCCAGGGUCACAAGAUUCCACAUUAAUUGGGAAGACAAUACUGAAAAACUGGAAGAUACAGAGAGCAGUAACCCAAAUUUACAAUCACUUCUUUCAACAGAUGCAUUGCCUUCAGCAUCAAAGGGAUGGUCAACAUCAGAAAAUUCAUUAAAUGUCAUGUUAGAAUCCCAUAUGGACUGCAUGUGACUACCUGCCAUCCCUUUAGUACAUGUUAAGCUAUAAAAACAAACAGAACUAUUUCCCUGAAAUUCCGUAAGUACAUAGUCGAGACAAAAUGUGAAAAAUUUGUUUUAAAAACAUCCUGUAGAAAGUUUAUAAGAACCAGUAUUUGAUCAAAUUGUGGAAUAUAAAUACAACUAUUUUUAAGUAAUUCUUUUUUCUCUAAUGUGUUAUUUUAUUUGCUCUAAAACUAAUCUGAUUAAAGCAUAUAUAUUAUAUUUUCUUCUCCUCUGUAAUAACACUCUUAAGCACAACAAUGGAAAAAAAAAAUAAAAUGACAUGAAUUUUUUGGAUAAGAUGAAUAAAGCAGACUAGUUUCACCAGCCAUUAA